AUGUCCGACAACCACAGCGUCAACUCCUCCAAGGCAGCGGACGAUGUCGCUCAGCCGGCAGAAGAGACGACAUCUCCGCGCAGACCGAAACGCGCGCGGGCAGCUGUCUCAUACAACGUCGUGGAACUGUUGGACAGACAAAUGCCUAUGGCUGGGGGCUAUGUAGCAACUGGCUCCACUUCAAGGAACGCGUCAGGCUUGUCGGGCAGGACACUGGUCAACAACAAUGCCAACGAUGAGGAUGAGGAUGAGGACGAGGACAUGUCAAUGGGUGCGGAGUAUGAGAAGAGGUUGCAGAAAGACGCUGCUGCUGCCAGUCGAUCGCCGAACGGGAAACUUCCGGCUCGCGUGCAGCGGAGACCCAGUGUGAAAGAUCGCGCCAGAAAUGCGCUCAGCAAUGCUAAGAGUGCUGCAGAGAGCGUAGGAUCGGUGCUGGGCAAGAGAAGUCGCGACGUUGUGGAGAAGGGCAAGAGAGCGCUGGGCAUGACCACGGAAGAGGAGGACAGCCCGCCGAGAAAUAGACUGCUGAAAGAGCUAGACAGAGGCUCUGGCAGUAUCUGGACAACACUGGCAAAUGCCGACCCUGAAGACUUUGACCGUCCAGUGGCGCGACCGGCGAAGAAGCAGAAGACUGCAGCUGCCAAUGCAACAGCACUACAGGAACUUGCACAACCCGCGGCGCCCACGGGGCCGUUGCAGAAGACAUCAGAUGGCAAGAGAGUGAAGAAGUGGCAGACUGAAGGUCUGUUUGUUGGGCAGGAUCCGGGGUCUGACCCAGUGCACGUCAAGGGAACGAAGAAACUGCAAAAGAAGCGACCAGGUACAGCGACGUCGGAGGACAGCAGCACAGCCAAGAAGAAGCCACUCAUGCCAUUGCCAAUGUUCAGCUAUCUGGACAAGGAGCGAAGCUUCACCAUACCAUACGAUGUUUUCGCACCGUCUCUGCGCAAAGGUGACGAGCGACCAAAGGACUGGUACAAGCUGAACCGCAAUCGAUUGGUUGGCGAAGCGAAGGAGAUAUGGCAGAAGCCGGAGAAGCUGGUGGCAUCUGCCUGUGUGUGCUCCGAACCUACAGAAGAAGAGGACAUUGGCUGCGACGAGACCUGCCUCAACCGCGUCAUGCAAUACGAGUGCAACGAAGACAACUGCGCUCUGGAUGCAGCUACUUGUAGCAACCGACCUUUUGCCGAAAUCGAUUGUCGGCUCAAGAAGGGCGGAUCUUUCGACAUCGGCGUGGAAGUCGUCAAGACCGACAAGCGUGGUUUUGGCAUUCGUUCGACUCGUUCGUUCCGGCCUGAUCAGAUCAUCAUGGAGUAUACUGGGGAGAUCAUCUCAGAGGGCGAAUGCCAACGACGCAUGCGUGAAGACUACAAGGACAAGCCGAACUACUACCUCAUGGAGCUGGAACGCGGACUCGUGAUUGAUGGUACGAAGGGCAGCAUGGCACGUUUCAUCAACCACGCAUGCGAGCCGAACUGCACUGUCAAGAUGUUUCGAGUCAACGGCAUUCCACGUAUGGGCGUGUUUGCCGGUAAGUCUGGCAUCAUGACCGGCGAGGAAUUGACAUAUGACUACAACUUCGACAACUUUGGCGAGUCUCGACAGAAUUGCUAUUGUGGUACACCGAACUGCCGGGGAUACCUCGGGCCAAAGCUGAACGCCGCGGAGAUGAAGAAGCAGGCCAAGGAGGACCUCGCACGACAGCGUCAAGCUGCCAUAGACGCCCAGAAAGCGGCCGACGAGCAGCUGCGUAAGAAUCGCGCUGAAGCUGAGAGACCCAGUGGCUGGAUUGGCUGGAAGACUCUGGAUGAUCCUGAAGUCAAGGCUGAGAUGCAGAGGCGGAAGCAGGAGCAGGAGGAGAAGGAGAGGACUGAUCCUCGUGCUCAGCGUCUUGCUAGGCGUGCAAAUGCUGAGCCUGUGGAAGAGGCGAAAGUACCCACACCCAAGAAAAGCGCGCCCAAGAAGGAUACACCCAAGAAGGAUACACCCAAGACGGAUACACCCAAGAAGGAUACACCCAAGAAGGACGCACCCACGAAGGACGCACCCAAGAAGGAUACGCCGAAGAAGGACAAUGCCAAAGCCGAGACAUCGAAGCAGGUCACCAGAGAGGCAUCGGCUCCUGAGCCAGAAGCUCCCAGGAAGGAUACAUCAAAGAAGGAAACCUCUAAGCCAGAGGCUCCGAGACGAGCAUCGUCCACCAAGAAGCCCGACCCGAAGCGUAGACGCACCAUGCCGACGUUUCCGAAUCUUCCCACCUUUCCCAACCUCACAAAGGACCGUGAGCCACCCAAACCCAUGUUUCCAGGUCUUGUAAGGGACCGUGAGGCCGUUAGGCAAGAGCAACACCAGACUGUAAGGCCGCAGACUAGCGCUACGGUGUCAGCCAGACCAGAACCCGUCCGACAGGAAGCGCCCAGACCAGCACCUGUUAUGCCACCACAACUCUUCCGACCCGACCUUGCAAGACCAUUGUCCGCGCCCGUUGCACCCAGAUCCCCCUUCAGACGUAAGAAGUACGUCCCAUCCAACUUCCCGAAGCAGAUGGACGACCAAGGUGUUGCGGUUCAGGUCGCGAAGCAGCUUGCCCUGCAGGCUCAACAGCAAGCUGAAGCCGAAGCCCGGGCUAAAGCCCAGGCUUCUGGUCAAACACCAACUCUGACUCCAGCUCCAGCUGCAGCGCCAACUCAAAGCCAGGGUGCCAACCACCUCCGUCGUACGUCCACUGGCUCUCGCUUCACCGAAGACCUGAACCAAGAAGACGCCCGUCCGAGCUCAGCCCGUCCACCUUCAAGCCACAGCCUUCGCAACUCCCUCUCCAACGGUAUGUCCGGCAUCAUGAAGCGCACCACCUUCUCCGUCAAGUCCAGUGUCGAAAUGCCACGUCAGGAGGAGAUGAAUGAAGACGAUACCAUGACGGAGUCUGCCAUCCUUGUUGGGGAAAUGACACAUUCUGAAGGCCGCAGUCUGAGCAAGGUCUCGAGCGUCGCUGUCGAGGAUGGCGAUGCGAUGGAAGUGGACGAGAGUGAGCAGGAAGAGGAAGAGACGGUUCAGACUGAAACUAUUCAGACUAAGUCGAAGCGCAGCUCGUUCCUGGGAAGCACGGUGUCUUCUGCUGUUAAGAGUGGUGGCAAGGCGCUGGGUUUUGGUGGGAGCGGCUCGAAGAUGGUGCAGAGUAAGCUGAGUUUUGGGAGGAAGGCUUAG